AUGAUUACAGCAACCAAGAACCCCACACAUGAAAACGUCAAUAAUGAGUUUCUGCAAGCUAGAAACAAGCUGAAAAAGGUGUCUUCUACUGGCAUCACAGAGGACAUUGCAGCUGAGGAGGAGAAGGAGAUGCCAUCAGUUCAGGAAGCAUCGGAGAAUAUCAGCCAAGGCAACCCUCAGGAACGCACUUUGGCCAUUCUCACGGACACCAGCGAUGUGGAUGAUAUUAUUCAGCAUAUCAAGAGCAAUGGAUUCAUCAUUGUUGCUAUGAAGAAGCUUGAACUCGCAGCUAAAGAAGCAGAAGAGUUUUAUCAAGACCAUGCCAAGCAAAACUACUAUGAGAAGGGUGUACGAUGGUUGAGCAGUUCCAAGCUAUACGCUCUUGUAUUGGAGAAAGAGAAUGCUAUCAAGGAUUGGAGACAGCUAAUGGGGCCCACGACCUACAAGAAGGCACGCAAAACAAGCCCAAAUUCUAUUCGUGCCUUGUUUGGUAAAGACGCAUCACAAAACGCCACGCACGGAAGCGAUUCGGAUGUGAGUGCAAGCAAAGAGAUUGAAUACUUGUUUGGCGCUGAUUUGGCGACUACUGCUACUACUGCUGCUGUAGAGAAGCUGCAAGAAGCAAAACACGAGGAACCAGCAAAAGUGGAAUCUGAAGUGAAGCAAAGCCUCGAGGGUAAUCAUAAUGUCACAGCCAGUGAUACAACGCCUGUUUCAGAAAACGAGAAAGCAAACAAUAACAGCAUCAAGGAUGUCAUCGUAUCAGCAAACGAACCAAAUGUUCCUGAAGUCAAUGUUGAAGAGAAACAAACCUCUGAUGGGUGGGAGAGCAAGAAGAACAUUAAAUAUACCAAAGAAGAGCCCCCAAAAUCAACUGUGCAAGAGGUUAAAUCCAAAAACGCAUCUCCAGACGAUUACCAAGCUCAAGUCCAGUCAAACGGAGAUAUCAACAAUGCUCCUGCUAAAGACGAUGGAAAACAUGAACCUAUUGAACCAGAAGUCGAGAUGAAUGAUCAUAAACAGGAGAAAGAGCAAGAGAGUAGCACAAUUGCAGCCGCAGCCAACACUGUGACAUCUACUGCUGUCUCUGUAGCCGCAACUGCUGUUACAGGAGUCACUGAGGUAGCAUCUGCUGCUGCCACAGCUGUAUCAGCUGCAGUUGCAAGUUCAGGAACGGAGCAAAAGACAGAUAAUAGCGACAUUGACGCCAACAAUCACCAAGACAAGGCAGUGACUAUCGCAGAAACUCCCGUUAUUCAUGAUAUCAUUAUCCCUGAACCAAAGUCUGAAGCAUCCCUUCAAGUAUCUCAGCAGCAAAUCAAAGAGAAUAACGACACUGAAGCCAACAAUGUGGUGCCUGAAAUCAAAAUUCCUGAUACACAUCAGGACAAAUCAAACUCAAUUUCUAAUCCAAAAACGAGCGCUUCAUUCAAUAACAACACUAACACAUCAUGCUCAGAAGUGGAUGUUCAGGACAAAUCAGUAGCUGAAACUAACACUGAUCAGGACGGCAUUUCUUCUAGAACACAUUUCUCAGAUGAUGCGAAUGCCAAGGAAAGCGACGUUUCUGGAAAUGCUCGACAAAGUGUUACCAAAAGGGUCAUUCGAAAGAGUGCCGUGCAUCCUUCUAAUUCACGCAUCAGGCCGCCUAGCAUCAAUAAGGGUCAUUCCAACGCAACAAAGACAUCAUUGACUGAUGCAGUAAAGAAACCAGCUGAGAGGUCAGAUCAUAAGGUUCGUCCUCAAUCUCGCACAACAAGAGCUAGUAACAGUGGUGGUAGUAGCAACGGUAGUAAUGGCGCAACCCGUAUCGCAAGAUUAAGUGCGCCUAUUAAAAAAGCUGCUGCUGUCGCUGCUCCUGCUGAUACUGUGGCUACGGAACAACCACCAGUGAAAAAAGUUGUAACAAGGGUUUCCAAGAAUCUUCCCAGAGUAGCUACUCUCGCUAAAUCACCAGUGCCAUCAUCCAAAGCGGCAGAGCAGGAUAUCAACAUCACGGAAAAGCCCAAGAAGAGAUUGUCGUCUACCAAGAGUUUCAUCUCGAGAUUGACAGCACCAACAGUCGCUAGUGCGAAUAAGAAAGCAGCAGUUACCGCAAGCAUUACUGCAGAGACAGAGGCCCCAACUCGUCGUACGAGUACAUUGAAAAAGAGACAAUCACUUACUGUAAAGGCAACGUCCACUGAAGCGCAGGUUCCCAACAAGGCUAACGACACUCAGCAGCAGCAGCAGCAGCAGCCACAACAACAACAUCCAAACAGUGAAAUGACUUCAAUUAGUACCAACGAGUCUCUUUCUCGUCCCACUACACCAUCACCAGCUACUCACGAAAAGGGAAAUGAUGUUAAAAAUCAUGCUUUCAUUGAUACUUCAGUCGAAACUACCGUUUAA